AAACAUAGAAAAGCAAACGAGAAAAAAAAAGGAAAGCGCGAAAUAUCCAACUCCGUCGUCCUAGUUCACCCAAGAAGUACCGAACAACCACAAUGGCCACCUUCCUGGGCAGCUCGCCGGCGUUUCUCUUAAGCCCGGUCGCCAAGCCGCACGUCUCCUGCUCGCAGUCCUCGCGCCCGCCCAGCCAGCCGCCAAACGGCGAGCAGCCGCAGCCGCAGCAGUCCGUGCAAGCGCGGCCGCAGGCGCCGAGGCCGAAGCGCGCGGGAGGCGCGGACUCGACGGACUGGGUGGCGUCGUCGCUGACGCGGCGGUUCGGGAUCGGCGCCGGGCUGGCCUGGGCGGGGUUCCUGGCCGUUGGCGUCGUGUCGGAGCAGCUCAAGACACGCCUCGAGGUCGCGCAGCAGCAGGCCAACACCAAGGACGUGGAGCAAGAGCAGGAGGUCGUCCUGCCCAACGGAAUCCGGUACUACGAGAUGCGCGUCGGCGGCGGCGACGUCCCGCGGCCUGGCGAUCUGGUGGUGAUCGAUCUGCAGGGCCGGGUGUCCGGCGGGGAGGCGUUCGUGGACACGUUCGGCGAGGGCAAGCGGCCGCUAGCGCUGGUCAUGGGGUCCAGGCCGUACACCAGGGGCAUGUGCGAGGGCGUCGAGUACGUGCUGCGGUCCAUGAAGGCCGGCGGCAAGCGGCGAGUCAUCGUCCCGCCGAGCCUCGGGUUCGGUGACGACGGCGCCGACUUCGGGGAAGAAGGUGCGCAGAUACCGCCCCGGGCGACGCUGGAGUACGUCGUGCGGGUCGACAAGGUGUCCAUCGCGCCGGCAUGAGGCUCUGGGCGCAAGUAGAUUCAGCAGCUUUGUGCUCUUGUGCCUUUCGUUGCACGGUUCUACAGGCAUUUGGCAGCAUGACCUUACAGUUGUUGUAGCCGCCGAAACCUUCCCAAGAAUAAUCUUCCCAAGA